AUUUUGAUUAGCACUUUUUUUUUAGAGUAAUAUUAAUGGAAAAUCAGCUUGCACAAAAGAGGAUUCAGCUGAUGUUUGUUUCUGCGCUCCUGAAAACGGGUUGCGAUGUAAUGAAAAGUGCCCCAAUAGAGCGAGUGCUACAGAAUGCCCAAAGAACUGUGAUGAAUUGUUUCUGAAAUGCAUGGCUCGCCGUAAUGAUGGAGAAGUGAGUACUGGAAAGUGUAUGAACAAUUUUUUGCGGAAUUACCGACGACAGAGAGAAGAAGAGUUAAUGGAAGAGAAAAUAACGCCGUAUAAAGGUUUCGGAGUAUUUGCAAAGAAAAAUAUUUCAAAGGGCACAGAUUUGGCUGAAUAUUUGGGUGUCGUUGUUCCAAAAGAUGAUUACUUAGAAAAGUUAAAAUUAAGGGCUAAUCAUCAUAAUUUGGAAAUGUGUUAUUUCGGAAUUCAGCUUACUCCUCAAUAUUAUCUGGAUGCUCGUAACUUUGGUGGCAUGGCGAGAACUAUAAACCAUUCUUGUGACCCUAAUUGUCAAGUGGCUGUAGUUACUGUUGAUGGAGUAUAUCGCCUAAAAAUCAUUUCUAUCAAGGACAUUUUAAAAGGUGCAAUCUUUUUAGAACCAGUUUUAAAAAGCUUUUAUUUGAAGAGAAUACGAGCUAAAAAAUUAACUUUAGGUGAAGAGAUUACUUUCGAUUAUGACUCUGAACUUCAAGAAGGGUUGGUAGGAACUAAGUGUCGUUGUGGCUCAAAUAACUGCCGUGGUUUUAUAGGGAAAAAAGUUAACGGUAGCACUCGCAGUCGUUAUACUGACCAGAAUCAUGAAAUUGCUUUAAAGGGGCGUAAGGAGGGGGAACAAGGUGAAAAUAAAGAAAAUAUGUUCCCGGUCGGUACGAAGCCUUGCAAAAUUAAUGGUAUUACAAAGAGAGGGCACACAGAGUGCGACGAUAAGGAAAACGUUUACGCAACUCGUGUCGCUGUCUGUAAAACGUUGUCGACGUUUGAGAAGAAAGCGUCAGUCUGUUCCGGCACGGAAGUUGUCCUCGAGUAUGCUGCUUGGAAGGCUUAA